AGGGGCUCGCCACCCCGCCCCUGAUCCUGCCUGGCGCACGCCUGGUCUUGCCUGACUCCUCGGUGUCCUGUUAGCAAUCACAGCCGCUGGCCAGCUUUUAUUUUCCCUGCAAAGUGGACUCUCCGUUGAUGUCCACGGCCUCCCCACCUCCACUGUUUGCUGCUGCCCUGGGGUGUGUCUCCAGCCUCGAUCCUCUGACACUUUCCUUGGCCAGUUUCCCUAGAAAAUGGAAGUGUCCAAGUUGGAGAAUUAUUACCUUGCAAGAUAUGUGGAAGAACAUUUUUUCCAGUGGCGUUAAGAAGAAAAUGAUACAUUGCAUUUCUUCAUCUGAACAGAAAAAACAUGGACCCAUUUGCCAGAAAACUGCCACUAAAAAACGGAAGACUUUUGAUUCAAGCAGACAAAGAGCUGAAGGAACUGAUAUUCCGACAGUAAAACCUCUUAAACCUAGGCCUGAACCACCAAAGAAACCAUCUAACUGGAGAAGAAAACAUGAAGAAUUCAUUGCCACCAUAAGAGCCGCUAAAGGCCUUGAUCAGGCGCUUAAAGAGGGGGGCCGGCUUCCUCCUCCUCCCCCACCUUCUUAUGACCCCGAUUAUAUUCAGUGUCCGUAUUGCCAGAGGAGAUUUAAUGAAAAUGCAGCUGAUAGACAUAUAAAUUUCUGUAAAGAACAGGCAGCACGUAUUAGUAAUAAAGGCAAAUUUUCUACUGAUACCAAAGGAAAAGUGACCUCUCGGCCACAGUAUAAGCCGCCUGCACUUAAAAAGUCAAAUUCUCCUGGCACGGCGUCAGGAUCGUCACGGUUACCACAACCAAGUGCCAUUAGCAAGACCAUUGUAGGUGCGCCUUCAGGUAAAGCGUCUUCCGUUAGCGGCCCUUUGGGAAGCAAACUUCAGACCUCAUCGCCCUCUCAUAAGGGGGUAGCAGCCCCCCACGCAGGUAAGAUGGACAAUUUAGGCCCUCCACUUCGAACUGGAAGACAUAUGCAAAGGUUGUAUGACAGUGAUACAAAAUCAGACAGUGCCAUCAAAAGACAUGAGUUAUUACCCAUUUACAAAGCUAACAUCAGACCUCGAAACUCCACACCACCUAGUUUGGCACGAAAUCCCGUCUCAGCUGUUCUUACAAGCAAGAGAAAAACACACGCUGAGAGCUACAUGGCCAAGCCAGAUGGCGACUUCGUGUCAGCACUCAAUGGCGGAAACGUGAAAGGCCUUGAAGGGAGCUCUUCGGGACACUUACCAAAGUUCUGCCACGAGUGCGGGACCAAGUUCCCCGUGGACUGGGCCAAGUUCUGCUGUGAGUGCGGCGUCCGGAGAAUGGUCCUGUGAUGGAACCCGGGAGGGACAGCUAAGUCCACGGCGCGGUGGCCCUUGCUGCUUCUAGCUCCCGCGCCGCCGCUAGCUAUUUUGUGCUAAAAUUGUUCAAAACACUUUUUUCAGCCGUUUUUGGAGCAUAAUCCUUUGGCCAUGUAACGUGCGUGCGUGUAUAUGUACAUAGACUGUAUAUAGUAAACACCGAUACCCACACAGUGCCGCCGCGGGGCGCGUCACUCACCUGUCAAGAUGAUCGCAAGGACGUCGUUCACGUAGGUGUUUCUUCUGUGCCGUUGUUGUUAAAGCACAUUAAGUAAACGUCUCCAAACCCGCAAACCCUAGUGCUCAGCCCUUCAUGCUUUAGGGUCAAUGUUACUUUGAGCAAAAAAUCAGAAUAAACAUUUUCAUUAUUUGUGCCUGUUUUCAGACAGUGUGUAUCUUAGUACGUGGGAUGCUCGGAAUUUUGGAAUGGAAGAGAAUAUUUUUAGUUACAAUUAGUUAUGUGAGGUCAUUUUCAUGUCUAGCUCUUCAACAACUAAUUUUUUAAAUAUUAAAAAAAAAAAAACCCUGAGGUCUGUGUUACCCUUUACUUAGUGUGUGAUUAAUUAUAUAAUUUAAAUAUCUUUACUCAUUAUCUGAAGAUGUGAUUAUGCAAUUUCCUUUUCAGAGGCGCAGGCUGAUAAUACAAAUGUAUCCCAUUCUAGUUAUAAUUGAAUGAUUUUUUUUACCUCUGUAUUAUUUGAAAGGAUAUUCUUUUUACUUCCAACUGCAUCUUCGAAUUUCAGUUUUUUCCUUCUUUUCUAUAACCUC